UGCCCCUCCUAGUUCAUUACUACUGUUUGCCAUGUUGCUUCUUGAAAUAACCAAAUGACCCACGUUACUGAAAUUUGCUAUUGAUAGUAUAUAAUAAGCCUCAGUGUUAGACAAUGCUUCCAGCUUUGAGAAAGCAGUAAUGGGUUCAAAGAGUGUAACUUGCUGCCUAAGACUUAACUGGUUUUUAGGCCUAACUCAGAUGUGGGUGCUAAUUGUCCAUUACCUUGUGGUUGCAGGGAGAGAUGUUUUUCUGUAGCUCUUGCUGUUCUGGAAUUCUAUAUGGGCAAGGCUAGCCUCUUGGAUCUGCCUACUGCCUCCAGUGCUAGGAUUGAAGCACAUGGGUGGGGUAGGAUUUCUUAACCAAUGAGGAAAGAGCUUCCCAUUUGUCUUUGAUUUGUAAACUCCCAAGUAGAGCAAGUUUUGCUUAAGUAAGUUCCUUGUGAGUCAACUGCCCCAUUCUCACGUGGUAAUUAAGACUGCCGCCCACUGAAAAGGCCAUUGCCAAUCACAGCCUAAUUGUGAAAACCAAUGACAGAGGGUGGCUAGAGCUGAGGUGUCUGAGUCAGGUUUGGGGUGGGAUUAUUUUAGUUAAGGGAAGUAAGACUUUCAUUUCCCCUUCCAAGAGAAGGCAGAGGGGAUUGGGUUGAGGAAGUAAUUGGUAUAGCCUAGCUGGUCUGUGAGCAGCUCUACCAUGAGGCUCUCUGUGUGUCUUCUCUUGUUGGGACCGCUCAUAGCCCAAGGAACAGGGAAAGACUGUCCUCACAGAAAGGCCGCUACUCUCCUGCCGUCCUUCACGGUGACACCUACAGCCACUGAAAGCACAAGUCCUACGACCAGCCACAGGUCCACCACUACCGGUCACGGGAAUGUCACGGUUCAUACCAGCUCUGGACCCACGACUGUCACUCAUAACCCUGCCACCACCACCACCAGUCAUGGGAAUGCCACAGUUUCUCCUACCACAAAUGGCACCGCUACUAGUCCAGGAUUCUCCACUGUUGGCCCUCACCCUGGACCACUUCCACCCUCGCCAAGUCCUAGUCCAAGCUCCAAGGGGGCUCUUGGAAACUACACGUGGACCAAUGGUUCUUGGCCUUGUGUUCAGCUCCAAGCCCAAAUUCAAAUUCGAAUCCUGUACCCAACCCAGAGUGGAAGAAAGGCCUGGGGCAUCUCUGUAUUGGAUCCUAACAAAACCAAGGUGCAGGGGGGCUGUGACGGUGCCCAUCCCCAUCUGCCUCUGUCAUUUCCUUAUGGACAGCUUACCUUUGGAUUCAAACAGGACCUACAGAGUCAGAACCAGAGUACAGUCUACCUCUACUACAUGGCAGUGGAAUACAAUGUGUCCUUCCCACAGGCAGCACAGUGGACAUUCUCCGCGCAGAAUUCAUCUCUUCGAGAGCUCCAAGCUCCCCUGGGCCAAAGCUUCUGUUGCAGAAAUACAAGCAUAAUUCUUUCUCUAGCUGUCCACCUUGACCUGCUCUCCUUGAGGCUACAGGCUGCUCAGCUGCCGGACAAGGAACACUUCGGGCCCUGUUUCUCUUGCACCAGUGACCAGUCCCUCUUGCUGCCUCUCAUCAUUGGCCUGGUCCUCCUUGGCCUCCUCACCCUGGUGCUCACUGCCUUCUGCAUUGCCCGGAGCAGACAGUCGCAAUCAACCUAUCAGCCCCUCUGAGCAUCUGCUCCAGUUCACUACGUAGGCCACCAAGAAGCACCCUCAUUUCUUCAACAUGCAACUGACUCAACGGCGAUAUCUUCCUGCUCUUAAAGAACAAAAUUAAGAGAUUUUAUUAUAGAUGUGGGGAGUUAAUAAACAUGAAUGGUACCCACU